AUGUCGCCAACGGUUCCACUUCAGGAGGAUAUCGACCGCCUCCCCGAACGAAAGAAAUAGUAAUCAACGGUCAGACAGUAAAACUAAAAUACUGUUUUACUUGCAAAAUUUUCCGCCCACCUCGUGCCUCUCAUUGCAGUUUAUGUGAUAACUGUGUAGAACGCUUUGAUCACCACUGUCCCUGGGUGGGAAACUGCGUGGGGAAAAGAAACUACAGAUUUUUUUACAUGUUUAUAUUAUCGCUGUCCUUUCUGACAGUGUUUAUAUUUGCAUUCGUUAUCACGCACGUCAUUCUGCGCUCACAGCAGGGAGGAUUUCUCAAUGCCUUAAAGGACACUCCUCUAAGAUAUCCUUUAACAUCUGGUUUUCUGUUUGUACA